GCCAGCGCCUCGUACCUCGAACGCUCGCCGUGCGGUUUAUUCGUCCGCCGAUCGCCGACGAAGCUACACGGGUCUCAAAGAACCGUCAUCGCACUACUCGCGUCAAGUUAUUUAUUAAUUAAAAGAAAGUUUUUAUUUCAUUGAAUGAUUAUAUAGUCCCAUUCGAUAUGUCGACGAUACUAGAAGUCUGCGGUCCCCUCUCGCCGCCAUCGACACCUCCGUUGAUGGAAUGUAAAGUGGAGUUGCCGUCGCAGAAGACGACCGCUAAGCGUGCGCUAGAAGCCCCGCCGGCGGGCGUGGUAACUCCGCAGCCCUCCGACUCUGAGGGUGAGGAGGAGUGCGGCAAGCGCGCCCGCUGUGAGCUGGCGCGCCUGCUGCUGGGCACACCGCCGCCCGAGCCCUGCGCGCGCCCCUCCGUCAUUAUGCGCGCGCACAAGGACGGCACCUGCAGCCCCCAGCCUCUGCCGCUGCCGCCGCCAGCACACCUUAAUAUACUGAAAACGCUCAAAUUUAAAAUGAACCGCGGCCACAGCUACUCCCAAGUAAAAUACAUCGCCAGCCAGGCCCAGGCACUCCCCGUGCCGGAGCCUGCCAAGGCCCCUCCCCAGAGGGUCGAGACACGCAUCCCCUCGCCACAUCAAGUCGAGCCCACGCCGGAGGCUCGAGUGUCCGCGCCCCACUCAGACUGCUCGCCCAGGGCAGACGACCGCGUGCCCGCACCGCACCCAGAACCGGCGCCUAGGGAAGAGACGCGAGCAGUGGCGGCGGCUCCGGGUUGGGUGCCUCUGGCGCCGCGACCCGCCCCCGCCGUGCUCGUGCCUGGCGCGCUGCUGCCCGCGGCGGCGCUUUGGCUGGUGACGCCCGCUCCGGCCGCGCGCCGCCGGCUCUACGAAUGCUCGUACCCGGGCUGCGACAAGAACUACUUCAAGUCAUCCCACCUAAAAGCGCACGCUCGCACCCAUACAGGCGAGCGUCCGUUCCGAUGCAUAUGGCCGGGCUGCGAACGCCGCUUCUCGCGCUCUGAUGAGCUGUCGCGGCACAAGCGUACGCACACCGGCGAGAAGAAGUUCGGGUGCCUCGUGUGCAGCCGCCGUUUCAUGCGCUCCGACCACCUCGCCAAGCACGUGAAGCGGCACGCCAAGGAGCGCGCGCCGGCGCCCGCACUGCGCCUGCUGCCCUCGCCGGCGCGUGCGCCCAUGCCGCUGCCUACGCCGCCCGCGCACUAAGCCCCAGCACCCGCACUCGCGGCGCACUCGACUGUGAUCCAGAUCUCAUGAUCGUUACCUAGUUUUAGUACUCAAUUAAGACUGUCCUAUCUUAACUACUUACGUAGUUUAGCUUUAAGUCUACGUUACUGUAUAUAGAUGUUGAGGUUUAAAAGAUAUAAAAAACUACUAUUGACUUUAACCGGUU